AUGAUCACUGAGAACGAGCUGAACGCGGCCGGUAUCGUUGCAACGGGUUCUUUAUCGAGUUUAUGUCUUAAAUCGCUGAUAAUCGGGUCCACAAUCGUUCUUCUUGUUUUCGUUGCCUACUUUCACAUUAUAGAAGUACAGCUGUUCAUGAACGCAAACGCGGCCGACGAUUGGCGAGUGGCGUUGACCCUGCGAAGGAUGUUCCAGAUCGGUACGUGGGCAGAACUGUUCAUCUGUGCUCUUUGUCCACUUCCAUUCGAGCUGGCUCAAAGGGGAGAUCCCAAUGGAAGGAUAAAUUAUGGGACUCUCCAUUCGCUGAACGUGAUCGUCUCGAUCGCGAUGUUCUUCAGACUCUACUGGCUGUGUCGUGUGAUGCUGCUCCAUUCAAGGCUGUUCACCGAUGCAAGUAGUCGAAGUAUCGCCGGUUUGAAUCGUGUGAAUUUCAACGCCCGUUUCAUUCUCAAAACCCUUAUGACCUUAUGUCCCGGAAAAAUGCUCAUGAUUUUCACGGCUUUUCUCUGGAUUAUGGCUGGUUGGAUUCUUCGUUGUGUGAAAGGGAUUAUGUCGGAA